CUCGAAGUCUCCAACAUGGCGGCGGAAGAAGUUAGAAAAUUAUUUGUUGCCCGAUUGCCCUGGACAGCUUGUAGAGUCGCAUUACGCGAAUACUUUAGUCGGUUUGGUGCCGUUGAACGCUCGCAAGUGUUGUUUGAUCAGAAUACUGGAAGAUCAAAACGUUUUGGUUUUGUUGUCUUCAAAGAUGAAGAAAGUAUUGCGAAAACAAUGAAAGCUUCUAUACAUGAAAUUCACGAUACUGAGAUAUUUGUUCAGCCACACAAACCUCCAAAAAGAAAGGAUCAUACAAUCACAAACAGACCCAUUGGACAUGAUGAUUGA